AUGUCUUUUCCCGGCAUGUAUAUUCCGGGCAUGGGCGGCGCGGGAGCAGGCGCAGGCGGCAACGCAGGUCUUAAUGAACAAGAGCAGCAGAUGGUGAAAAUGAUGCAAAAAGGCAUGGAAUCAUGCGUCGCAAAAUCCAUUCUGGCUGGAGGCAUGGGCUUCGUCCUCGGCGGAGCUUUUGGGCUAUUCAUGUCCAGUAUGGCCUACGACACUCCGCUAAGUCCACAAGGGCAACAACUCACCUCUCUUCCUGUACGGGAGCAACUACGCCGCGGCCUCAAAGACAUGGGCUCGAAAUCCUACAGUUCCGCAAAGAACUUCGCCAUGAUCGGCGCGAUAUAUUCCGGGACAGAGUGUGCGAUUGAAGGGUUCCGAGCGAAGUCUGACCUCACAAACUCCGUGCUUGCGGGCUGUCUUACGGGAGGGGGGCUGGCGUAUAAAGCGGGACCUCAGGCGGCAGUAUUGGGGUGUGCGGGUUUCGCGGCAUUUUCCGCAGCGAUCGAUGCGUACAUGCGCAUGCCGGAAAGCGAUUGA